CAUUAUUAGAAACAAGUCUAGCCUUGUUGCUCAAGGAUACUGCCAAGAAGAAGGCAUUGACUUUGAAGAGUCUUUUGCACCUGUGGCACGUGUUGAAGCAAUUAGAAUGUUGUGCGCUUUUGCUAGUUCUAGAGGGUUUAAACUCUUCCAAAUGGACUUUAAAAGCGCGUUCUUGAAUGGAGAUUUAAAGGAAGAUGUUUAUGUGGCCCAACCUCCUGGAUUUGAGGAUCCAAGAUUCCCAAAUCAUGUCUACAAGCUGAACAAAGCCCUAUAUGGUUUGAAACAAGCUCCUAGAGCUUGGUAUGAGAAACUAAGCAAUGUUCUGGUUAGCAAUGGCUUCUCUAGGGGUUCUAUAGAUAAGACUCUGUUCACUAAGUCUCAAGGGUCUAAAAUGCUUCUUGUUCAAGUCUAUGUUGAUGACAUUAUCUUUGGAUCCUCGGAUCUAAGGCUGUGUCAUGAGUUUGAAAUCUUAUGAAAGAUUAAUUUGAAAUGAGUCUCAUGGAGGAGUUGACAUAUUUCUUGGGUUUUCAAGUUCAACAGAGUUCCAAGGGAAUUUUUAUAAACCAGAGUAAAUAUC